GACAUCUAUCGGUUUAGUAGGAAUACAUCUAAAAUGGAACCAAUUUAAGCAGUGUAGUUCUAUCAAAGUUUAAUACAUAAGUGUCAAUAUGGAUGUUUACGAAAAAUCAUUACAUAUCCUUGAUUGCACUCCAACAGCGACAGUAGAGGAGGUAAAGAAAGCUUAUCGUAAAAAAGCUUUAUUAUGCCAUCCAGAUAAACAUCCUGAUAACCCACGCGCUACAGAAUUAUUCCAUGAAAUUUCAAAAGCAUUAGAAGUUUUAACAGAUUUAUCUGCACGAGAUGCUUAUGAAAAAGUACUUAUUGCUAAACAUCAAUCCAAGCUCCGUACUAAAGAACUUAGUGCUAAACGAAAAAAGUUUAAAGAAGAUUUAGAAGCAAGAGAAGAGGCAUAUAAGAAUGCAUCAAGUAAUAAACGUUCUUUAACUGAAGAAGAAAAAUUACUGGCUGAAAUAGAUCGAUUACAAAAAGAAGGUUCAAAACUAUUAGAAGAAGAAAUAACCCGUAUGAGAAAAGAAAUUUGGGAACUACAUAAUUUACGACAGGAAAAGCCAGAAACAAAUGCAAAUUACAGAGUAAGAAUUAAAUGGAAAGCAAAUAGUGAUGAUUCACAAAAUGGAGGAUACAAUUAUGACACAUUAUAUCGUAUUUUGUAUAAGCACGGUGACAUUGUUGCACUUGUUUUAUCAAGUGUAAAAAAUGGCAGAGCUAUGGUUGAAUAUAAAGAUAAGGAAUCUGCACAAAGAGCAGUACGAAUAGAAUUUGGCUUUGCGAGGAAUCCACUUACCCUCGAAGGACUAUGGGAGAAAGAACACAUAUCAAGUUUUCCAAGAGAAACUUUUUAUAAUAAAUCUCAAACUAUAUCUAAUGUAGAAAAGAAAAUGUCAGAUGAAGAUUUCGAAGCUUACGAAGCUUUUGUUUUAAAUAAUUUAAGAAAAGCAGAGGAAAGGAAAAGAUUAGAAACAUAGAGACUAAGUAUUUUUCUAUACUGUAAAAUAAAAAAUUUAUCAUAAUAAAUUUA